CCCUUUAACGCACCCUCCCUGGAGUCCCCUGCACGGCGUUGGUCUGUGGCUGGCCCUGGUCCCCGAGCAUCUCACUAGCCUGAGUGAUUGCGGGUGAGCCGGGGCCGAGGACGUUGCCUGGAGGGUGCGGCCCCUGUUGGAAGCGGAUUGGAAAGGAACGCAGCUUGAACUCAGGGAACUGGCCCCCUGCCUCUACCGAGGUGGUCCUCAGUUUCCCCAUCUGCACAUGGAAGAGGCUGGGGCCCAGUAGUUUCUGUCGCCAGCCAGUUUACAGAAGAGGAAACUGAGGCUCGGACAGUGGGCCCUGAAUCGCUCAGCGAGCCGGUGGAGCGACGCCGGUUCUCCCGGACUCCUUCCUGCCUCUCACCCGCCCGUUUGCCGCUUUCGUCUCCCAGCCCCGCGCCAUGGCGUCCCAGGGUCGUCGGCGGAGGCUGCCGCGAAGGUCAGGGACGAUGGUGACGGGGGAGGCGGCCGAGACGGACUCGGAGCCCUCUGCGUCCUCUUCCUCGGAGGAGGAGCUGUACCUGGGCCCUUCGGGCCCGACGCGCGGCCGGGCCACCGGGCAGCGCAUCGCGGGGGAGGCUGCGGAGACCGACUCGGACGCGGAGCCCGAGCCCACGGCCGCGCCCUCGGACCUGCCUCCGCUCGUGGUGCAGCGGGAGUUGCCCGGGGAGGCCUGGGCCGCGGAGGAGGCCCCGGCGCCUGCGCCCGUGCGCUCCCUGCUGCAACUCCGACUGGCCGAGAGUCAGGCGCGGCUGGACCACGACGUGGCGGCGGCCGUGAGCGGCGUGUACCGCCGUGCGGGACGCGACGUGGCCGCCCUGGCCGGGAGGCUGGCAGCCGCCCAGGCGGCGGGCUUGGCCGCGGCCCACAGCGUGCGCCUGGCGCGAGGGGACCUCUGUGCGCUGGCGGAGCGCCUGGACAUCGUGGCUGGCUGUCGCUUGCUCCCGGACAUCCGCGACGUGCCGGGGACUGAGCCGGAACAAGACCCGGGACCUCGGGCCUAGCCGAGACUGCCCUUCCUCCAUGCCUCCCCAUUUUGAUGACACCUGGGACCAACCUGGCCCACGUGGAUGACGCUCUAGUUUCUUCUGUUGUGCAGACAGUGCUUGUAGGACUGGCACUGGAUUCUGAUCCGCCUCCCAGCUUGGGCCCAGCUUGUGGCAAAUCUGGCCCAGCUUUCCACCCAGUGUUCACUGUCUUACCUUUA